AUGACUUAUCGACAAGAUUCAGAUAUUGUACAUUAUUAUGGUCGAUAUAUUUUAGGUAAUUUAUCAUAUACAAAACAAGGUCAUGAAGCAGUGGAUUUUUAUUUAUCAAAAGAAAAUAAUCAAUCAACAUUUGAUGUUGAGAAAGAAUUUAAACUUCGAGAAAAUAAAAUUCUAUGGGUCGUAUCAAAGUGUAAUGCUCAUUCAAAACGACUUACAAUAGCAAAAAAAUCAUGA